AUGAAUGGGAUGUGGAUCCUGGCAGUGUGUGUGGGAGUUGUGUGCUCUGCUAUUCCCGGCUCACCUCAGGAUUCAACCAAGACACUGUAUCUGAUCUCAGGUCCAGAGGUGUUGCAUGCUGGGAUACCCACUCCUCUGGCUGUCACCGUCCUCACCGACUCCCCUGUUAGGGUGACAGCCGAAGUGACGCAUGGCAACACCAGUCUCGUCCUAGUUGAGGAUACCUUCCAAGGAGGUGAUUCUGGGAUUACAUUUAAGAUUACUGUUCCCGGAGGCUCUGGAACCCAGAGCUCUGUCUUCAUGUUGGCGGUGAAGGGCUACCAGAGGAACGAACUCAUCUUCAGCAACACCACCGCCCUCAGAUUCAACCUCAGAAACGUCUCCACCUUCAUCCAGACCGACAGAUUCCGUUACCAGCCUGAGGAGACGGUCAGAGUCAGAAUUGUGUGUGUCCAGUCAGAUAAUCAUCCCUACAAAGGCAAGGUGGAUAUAACUAUACAGGGCACGACUGAUAAGAAAGCAUUCACUGUGGAACAUUAUGAGCCUCCUCACUUUGAAUUGCUGGUCAAGACAGCUGCAAAGGUCCUAGUGGGAGAGGACAUUUCAGGAACCGUGAGAGCUCACAAAGAUCAGCUCCCAGCCUUACAUCAGUACGCUUCUUCAGGAAUGGACAACGAUGGCCGUGUAGUCAUGCACAUCACUGCCUGUGUUACUGACACCUCAAAAGGAUUGAAAGUGAACAAAACAGUUGAGGUGUUUGCCAUGAAGAACACAUUCCAGCUCAGAUUCGGCGGUUUUCCACGCAUACUGAAGCCAUCUUUGCACUUCUACACAAACCUCAGGAUAUCUAGGUAUGAUGGAAAGCCGCUGAGCUCAUUGGAUUUAAUGAACUCUGCAGUGGUUAAUGUUACUCAGAGGUCAUCCGAGAUGGACUCCGAACCCACAACUCUCACACUUCCAGUGCCUGAGGAUGGGAAUAUUCACAUAAAGUUCACAUUACAGGAUGCAGUAGAUACAGUUUUCAUCCGUGCAACUUUCAUGUCCAGUGAAGAGACACUGGAGCUCCACAAGAACUACUCCUCCCCUACAGGCUCAUACAUUCAGAUCCUCCCAGUCAACUCUCUCCCUGCACAGAUUGGAUUGCCACUUCAAAUAGAUGUGGAGACCACUUUUCAACUAAGUGAGCUUCACUAUGUGGUCAGCUCUGGAGGUCAAGUGGUGGCUGCUGGGAAGAAGAAUUCCUCCUCUAUUUCUCUGACCCCAACAAUGUCCUGGUCUCCUGAGGCCUGUAUUACCGUCUACUGUGUCCUUCCUGAUGGAGAAGUCACCAGUGACACAACGCACAUGCCAGUCCAUCAACACAACGAUGUGUCUCUAAUCUGGAGCAAAGACAUUGUCCAGCCAGGUGACAAGGUAUCCCUCACUGUUGCUGUCCACCAACCUGGCUUCCAGGUAGGAAUCGUGGUAAUGGAGGUGGAUGACGGUCCUCCAGAGCUUGACCAGGACCUUAAAGAGGAGAAGGAAUGUAAUGUUAUGAUGCUGACCAAUGCCAGGCUCUAUAAAACAAAGCAGCCUGAAGAACCUAAAAAGGAGAGAGAUGAAUCAAUAGCAGAUAAGUACAAGAGGCACUGGAUGAAUCUGGGCACCACUGAGUCCUGGCUGUGGUUGGACACUAAUGUCAGUGAUUCAACAUGGACAAGUCCAGAAGUAACAGUCCCAGAAAGGAUUACAUCUUGGGGAGCAGCAGCACUUGUCAUGUCAGACAACUUUGGUUUGGGCUUCACAUCUGUACCACAGAUGCUGACCGUGUCCAAGGAUUUUGUGAUAUUUAUGGAUGUCCCACCUUGCCUAAUCAGAGGGGAGGAGAUUGUCCUGGAGGUGAACAUCUUCAACUAUCUUCAACAGGACGUGGACGUCAUGUUACUGGUGGCACAAAGUGAGGCCUACGAGUUUGUUUUGGCCGACCAUGGAGACAUCUCUGUGGUGAAUGCACGGAAACUCACCGUCGGGAGUCAUAGUGCUGCUUCAGCCCUCUUUCCCAUAAGGACUUUGGCUCUGGGCGAGAUGGAAAUAUCUGUAGAUGCCAUAUCUGCCGACAGCUCAGACAAGCUUGUUCGGUCUGUGCUCGUAAAGCCUGAAGGAGUUGAAGAGUCCUUCUCAGAGACUCUGUUCCUGGAUCUGGCACCAACAACAUUCAACAGUUCCAGAGCCGUCUCCUUCUCCUUUCCACCAGAUGUGGUACCGGGCAGCCAGAGGGCCCAUGUGGCAGUGGUUGGUGAUAUCCUGGCCUUGUCCAUCCACAAUCUGGAUUCGCUGGUGCACAUACCUCACACUUGUGGGGAGCAGAACAUGAUCCACUUUGCACCAAGUGUUUAUAUUCUCCAGUAUCUGAGCCAGUACCCCCAGGACUAUGAGGAGAUCAGGACCAAGGCUCUGGGCCACAUGAUGGAAGCUUAUCAGAGACAACUGUCUUACCAACGAGAUGAUGGUUCCUUCAGUGCUUUUGGGGCUAGUGACACCUCUGGCAGCACAUGGCUGACAGCAUUUGUGCUGAAGUGUUUCCUUCAAGCCCAGCCCUUCAUGCAAGUGGACCAGAGUGUCCUCUCCAGGGCCAUGAGCUGGCUGGUGAGCCACCAGGGAGCCCAGGGAGAGUUCAGUGAGGUGGGCAGGGUGAUCCACACGGAGGUGCAGGGGGGCAUGGAUGAUGGUCCGGUGGCACUCACUGCCUUUGUUCUGAUGACACUGCUGGAAGACCAAACCUAUGGGGACAUGUUCCCAGGCAAUGUGUCCCUGGCCAGGGAGUACCUGGAGAGCAGAGUGACCACUGGUGUGGUCAGUAACUACACCCUCUGUCUGGUGGCUUAUGCAUUAGCACUGGCCAACAGCCGUGUCACUGAGACUGCACUGACUCAGCUCAGCAGGAGAGCUGACAUGAUAGAUGGAGCCAUGAUGUGGACCUCCUCCCACAGCCUGGAGUCAGGUGAUUGGCAGCCGAACUCAGCGCAGAUAGAGAUGGCUGCUUAUGUGCUGCUGGCUUUUUAUAAGCGUGGCACUGUGGUAGAUGGCAUUGCCCUAAUGAAGUGGCUCAGCAGGCAGAGAAACCACAUAGGGGGCUAUGGGACCACACAGGACACGGUGGUCGCCCUGCAGGCCCUGUCCUACUACGCUGCCUUCAGUGGGGCUGAUGCCAUCAACCUCAGGCUCAAGAUGUCUAUUCCAACCUCAAACUCUGUGACACACUUCAGUGUCAACUCCUCCACCUACCUGUUGUGUCAGAAGCAGGAGAUUGAGGCACAAAAAAAUCCAGAAAUAGAUAUAUAUGUGGAAGGAAGAGGAUUUGCCUUAUUUCAGAUGAAUGUCUUUUACAACUUGGAGAGCAGUGUAUUCUCACAGAGGCUCCAGCAUGCCACAGACCAUGAGGCUUUCUCAUUAGAUGUGGAGGUCUUUGAUGAUGAGAGAGACCACGCUCACAUGCUGUUAUCUAUAUGCACCAGACUACAGGAGAAUGAAGUGAUAUCUCAGACAGGCAUGGUCAUGGUGGAUGUGAGCAUGCUCAGUGGCUUUGCUCUUGCUACCGAGACCACCACAACAAGUCUUAUCAGAAAAGUGGAGACCUCACCUGGGAAAGUUAGCCUCUACCUUGAUUCACUUACCAAGUCAGAGGUGUGCAUCAGACUUCCACUGAUCAGAGUAUACAGAGUGGCCCAUGUGCAAGAUGCUGUAGUGGAAGUUUAUGACUACUAUGAGCCCAGGAGAAGAGCAACGAGGACAUACAACUCAGAUAUAAUGCACAACAUGAGCUCCUGUGUCUUCUGUGGCCAAGACUGCAGUGAGUGCAGGACAGGAGCCGCCAUGUCCGUGUCCUCCGUCUUCUCAUCUCACUCCUGCAGCACCACCUACUGCAUAGGAUGCUUGCUUGCUGCAAUCACCGCUUAUUUAUUGGGAGCCUAAUUGGAUUGUCAGGAUGCAGUGAUUUAAAGUCAUAGUCGGAUAACAGAAAUGUUGGAACAUGAAAAACAGCUAUUUGAUUUAAUGAAUAUAUAUGAAGUGAUGGGAUUUUUGUAAAUGCAGUAAUGUCAACAUGCAGUUUUGAAUGUAUUUUUAUAUGCAAAAAAAAAUCAUUUUUUGAGAGCUGGUUAUAUGCUAUUCAAAUGUGCCCUGCAAUAUCUGCUGCUGUAUGUGUGUAUUUGUUAGAAAGUGCAUCAGGAAAUAUUUAUC